AUGCGAGAACAGGAGAAGGGCCCAGAGGUUGGUUUUGAAACCUCACACCCAGGUGGUGGACACAAGCCGGCCUGGGCCACGGAGAAGGGCCAGAGGCUGCGGCAUCAGGUGCCCGAAUGCGGAGGCUUUGAGGCCCGCCAGGCACCGGCUGCUGCUCCAGGCAUGCCUCUCUGGCUGCUCCUGGCGUCCCUGUGUCUCUCUUCGGCUCCGGGAGUCCCUGCCAUCUACCAGAGGCCAAGUGGGACUCUGCCAGCAACUCCUGCCCCCUUGCAGUACUUGCUGGAGCCCACCCACAAGAUCGUGCAGGCCCGGCGGGGGGCUUCGGUCACCCUGCCUUGCAUCCUGUGGGUCGUGCCCCCAAACUACAAGAUCCGGUGGAGUAAGGUGGAGCCAGCGGAGUACCUGGAAGUUGCCAUCUUGAUCAGCAAUGGGGUCCAUCACAAAACCUAUGGCCCCCUGGGCAGCCGGGCUCACCUGAAACGUAGCCACCGGUAUGAUGCAUCCCUGACCGUCUCCAACCUGACCUUGGACGAUGAGGGCCGCUAUCGCUGCCAGCUUGUCAACGGCCUGGAGGACGAAAGCAUCUCUCUGGUCUUGCAGCUGGAAGGGGUCGUCUUCCCCUACCAAACCAGCCAGGGGCGCUACCAGUUCAACUACUUUGAGGCCAAGGCGGCCUGCCAAGCGCAAGAUGCCCGGCUGGCCACCUACCAGCAGCUUUACCAAGCAUGGACAGAAGGGCUGGACUGGUGCAAUGCCGGCUGGGUCAUGGAGGGGGGCGUGCACUACCCCAUCCGCAACUCCCGCAAGCCCUGCGGAGGCCUCCUCCUUCGGCCCGGAGUACGGACCUAUGGCCCCAAGGACAAGCAGAGAGACCGUUUUGAUGCCUUCUGCUUCACGUCAAGCGUGCAGGGCCGUGUCUAUUUCAUCAGGGGCCACUUCAACUUCAAAGAGGGCAGGCAAGCCUGCCGUAACGACGGCGCUACCGUGGCCAAGGUUGGGCAGCUGUACGCGGCCUGGAGAUUCUCCCAGCUAGACCGCUGCAACGGAGGCUGGCUGGAGGACGGCAGUGUGCGCUUCCCCAUCACCGCUCCCCGCCCACACUGUGGGGGGCUCCCGGACCCCGCGGUCCACAGCUUUGGCUUCCCCAGCAAGCUCCGGAAGAAGUACGGGGUCUACUGUUUCUCUGGGAAGUAGCAAAAGC